GGUGUCUAAGACGACUGCCUGAAUAACGCACGAUUAAAACUAAAUAAAAGCACUCCACUGGAAAGAGUGGUCUGUCCGCCCUGUUCGGUACAAGGCCUAUCUUUGGCGACUGUUUGAAAGAAACGAAUCAGGCACUUGGUUGGACGGCUAUUCGUUGGCCCAGAGCUCUCAGUGCACCUGUUGCAGGUGAGGAGCCGCCGCCGCCUCCCGUCUCAGGGCGGGGCGCGUCUCAGGGAUGCGGAGGCAUUUGGCUGCUGCUCUUGAGGGCGACAGGGGCGCCUCCAGGGAAGAAGGCUUGUCAGAGGCUUUGGAAGAAUGAAUAAUCCUAUACCUUCCAAUCUGAAAUCAGAAGCAAAAAAAGCUGCUAAGAUUUUAAGAGAGUUUACAGAAAUAACUUCCAGAAAUGGUCCUGACAAGAUCAUACCUGCCCAUGUAAUUGCCAAAGCAAAAGGUCUUGCAAUCUUGUCUGUUAUCAAGGCUGGAUUUUUGGUAACUGCUCGAGGAGGCAGUGGGAUUGUAUUAGCUCGCCUGCCAAGUGGAAACUGGUCGGCUCCUUCUGCAAUAGGGAUAGCUGGCCUGGGUGGUGGAUUUGAAAUUGGAAUUGAGGUAUCAGACCUUGUAGUAAUAUUGAAUCAUGAAAGAGCAGUUGAAGCUUUUGCAAAAGGUGGAAAUCUUACUCUGGGAGGAAACUUUACAGUGGCCAUUGGACCUUUGGGGAGAAAUCUUGAAGGUGAUGUAGCCUUGAGAAGCUCUGCAGCUGUCUAUACCUACUGCAAAUCUCGAGGGCUAUUUGCAGGGGUCUCUUUAGAAGGAAGUUGUCUAAUUGAGAGAAAGGAAACAAAUAGCAAAUUCUAUGGUCGGGAUAUCCGUGCCAGUGCCAUUCUGUUUGGCGAUAUGCCUCCGCCUUUUCAAGCACAGGAUCUUUAUGAUAUCCUUGAAUCUUUUACACUGCAGUAUGAAACCCAGGAGGGGAGGAACUAUGUGUGGACACCUGUACCAAGAGAACCAAAAAGGGUUAGUGGCAAUUCCUCAAGACAACAGACACGCAGGAGUUCUGAAAACUUUACCCAAGAAGAUACAAGAGCCCCAAACAGACUUUAUCCUGACCUUCCUAGUUACUCAACUGCAAUAGGCAAUCCCAGGACCAACCCUACAGUUGUGACAGCAAUAUAUCCAUAUGAAGGGCAGCAGCCAGGCGAUUUGACUUUCAAAGCUGGAGACAAAAUCAAGGUCACAACGAAAACCGAUUCCCAGUUUGAUUGGUGGGAAGGAUGUUUACAUGGCAGGACUGGCAUUUUUCCUGCUAAUUAUGUUACCAUGAACUAAAAUACAUUUUAAAUGGCCUUACUGCAUUGCCAAAAUCCCUUUUCUUAUAAAUGUAGAGAAUUACUUAUUUGCUUUGUGGAGUUUGGGCUGGUGGACAAGACAGGGAGUCCCAUGGAGCUCAUUGGAGAUUUGUUUUCUUAUUCAUAGCCACUCUCUCCCAGCAGAUAUGUAGCUAUGUGAACAACAAACUUGUAAAGCCAUUACGAAGAAUGUUGGAGGUUCAUUUAUGCUCCAUCCAGUUCUGUUUUAUAAAGUAAUCAAGGACUAAAUCAGGAAUAAGGACAGAGGCGAUGCACAUUGACUCACCCUUUCUUGAAAAACUGCAUUGUGCUAAAGUUGGUGAAGGGAGCAAGGCAAAAAAGUUGAAUUGAAUGUGAAUGGUUGCCCUCCUCUUGUGUAGACACUGUGUUCCCGUUUUUCUUGAUCAAGCCUUAUAUUUAUAAAGAUUUUAAAACAAAAUUAAAUUAAUACCUUAAGAAUUCAUUGUUUUAACUUUUUUCCUGUAACUUAAUACUUGAUGAUGAACAAAAUGAUAAAUACUAAUCAGGUUAUGCUUCACCACAGAUGCCAAUAUUAAUAUAUUCUAUGUUUUGUAUUUAACAAUUUCCACUAAUAAUGCAUAAUAAAAUCUUAUUUUGUUUA